CCUACAGAAUGCUGAGCACUAGUACCAUGCAUAUAUAUACAAAAAAUUAUAAUGAAAAAUAAGAGAGACACAUAACAAAAGAAGUGAAGAUGGGUUGCAACGCUUUAUUAGUCUUAAGAAGCCCAAAGAAAGAAGAACAACAAGUCCCAAUUGCUACUACCACUCACUUGUCCGAGGGCAAAGAUAGUAAUUUGAAGAGUGAAGAUGUUGAUAUAAUGGAAGAUUUGGAGAGAAUUUUGGGCAUUAAUGAAGAAGCUGAAGAAGUUCAUAAUAAGUUGACUAAUUAUAAGGGUAAUUAUGUUAGUCAACUUAACUGGGAAUUCAUGGAAUGGAAUAAGUUUCCCAAUAAUAUUGGAGAUCAAGAAGUAGCUGAAGAUGAUGAUGAAGAAGAAGAAGUGUUAUUAUCAGAGCAGAAGAAUAUGUCAUUAUUAAUUGACAAGGAUUAUUAUGAAAAAAAUUACAAGUGCUUUUUUGAAGAAGAUGAUGAUGAAGAAGAAGAAUAUUUAGAAGAAGAGAAUAAUGAUGAUCAAGAAAGACACUAUAGAAGUGGUGAUAAUAAUCUAAAUACCAUUAAGAAAGAGGAAGUUGGGUUUUCAUGGGAUGAUCAUGAUUAUUAUAAUAAGAAUAAUAAUAAGGGUUCGCUGAAUCUGAGUUUGAAUUAUCAAGAGGUUUUGGAAGCUUGGUCAGAUCGUGGCUCUCUCUGGGCUGAUGAGUACUCUCUUUCAAUGGCAUCAUCAAAUGGCUCUAAUAACUACAUGGGAGAAGUACCAGUUUUAAUGGAAGAAGAAAAAAGAAGAAGGGAAGCUAGUGUUCUUAGGUACAAGGAGAAGCGCCAGACUAGACUCUUCUCCAAAAAGAUAAGAUAUCAAGUUCGCAAACUCAAUGCAGAUAAAAGACCAAGGCUCAAGGGUCGUUUUGUGAAAAGAGUUUAAUUAAAGUGAAUUGUGCUGAUACAAGGGUAUGAAUGAAAUAUCUAUUUAGUAUCCAAAAAUAUCUCACUCCACCAGUAUAUGGACUUUUUCUCUUACAUAAUCAAAAUAUCUUUUUAGUUACAUAUGUAUAUAGAUAUUUAUAUAUGUAGCUAGUUGUGGAAUUAUGUUUUCAGUCGCUUUAUUAAAUUUGUUUAUUUGUUCAGGGCACUA